AUGCAAAAUAGAUUGGCUUUCAUUGAUUUUGUUCAAGGACUGUUAAACUUGAAUCCAAUUGAGCGUUGGUCACCUCAACAAGCUAAGCUACACCCAUUUAUUACAGGAGAAAAAUUAACCGGUAAAUUCACUCCUCCUAUGCAACUUAAAUCUCCAAAUAAAGUUUGUGCCUCUUCUACACAAUCACCAAAUUCUCAAUCUACCACCAACACACACUUAACAUCGUUAUCUACAAAUUCACAAUAUAAAACAUCAAAUUGUUCUCCAACAAAAGUAUUAAAUAAAAACCCAGUAAUUAUAACUCAUGACAUCCCUACUGUAACAAUUUCAUCCAACUCCAUUGCUACACCCAUAUCUUCUGCUCAAAUACUAUCAACACAACAAUCUUCCAAUAUAUCAACGUUAACACCUAAAUCAGGUUUAGGAUCACUGAGACCUCGUGCAAGUACAAUUGGAAAUAUUCAAGUUCCGCCACAAAUACAGAGAGCAGCAGCUCUUGUAUCACCAGGUAACACGGGAACAAUGCCCAUAGAAAAACUUAGACCUCCUAAGGAAAAAGAUCCAAGACGUUUGCCACAACAUUAUCCACAUUUACA